GCCAGAGCGCCGCCUGCACGGGCCCGUCGUCGCCUUUACCGCCAGGCAGGGGGCUUUCCCGUUCCAGAGAGCGUGAGCUCAUCACGGGCAGCGGCCAAUCAGGGCGCCGCAGCCGGCAGAGCAGGGGAAUUCCGAGAACCUUCGGCCUCUUCCAAAGCGAGAAAGGAUGAAAACAGUUUCUUAGACAAAGUUUGGGCCGGCCGAGCGGGGGGUGCGGGCCGGGGCCGGGUUGCGGCGAGGAGCCUCGGACCGGAGAGCGGGCGCGCGCGCGCACAGCCGCGGGAAGAGAGAUGCUGGCACCCGCCGCGCGAGGAAGUGCUCUUUCGUCUUCCUGCUUGACCAUGAUGCAGUCGGCCACAGAGACUUCUGAUGAACUAGGUAAGGAACUCUGGGGUUUGAGGAUACAGCAAACCAGAUAUCAUUGAUGAGCUAAUCAAGGAAGACGGCUUUGAGCUGGACCCUAUGGCCCAUCCGUCCAGGGUCUCGUGUAACAGGCCACUCAGACUGAUCUCCAGAUGCUCCAGCGUAGCAUCGCCUCCCGGGAUGCAGAGACCCGCUGAGCCGGCAGGAAUGAACCUGAUGACUUUGGGGUUAGAGCUGGACCCCUUGAGGCUUUCCUGCCACCCAGGCCCCUGCACCCUGCAAGAGUCGUCUGCAUCCCAGCUCUCUCAUAACCUGGAUAACUUGACACUACAGCCCCAGCUGGUUGCAAGAGGCACGUCUCUCCCUUUGCUACCCAAAUGCUCGGAAGCGUCUUGGCCCCGUUCUGCCUCUUCCCUGCAUCCUACUAUGCCCCCCGAGCAACUGAAUGACAUCAGUCGGGAGCCACCCAAGCUAGUGAUCACGGAGCAGCCCAAGCAGAGAGGGAUGCGUUUCCGUUACCAGUGUGAAGGCAGGUCGGCUGGAAGUAUCCUGGGCGAAGGUAGCACAGACACCAACAAAACUCUGCCAACCAUUGAGCUGCAGAACUGUGGCGGGAUCCCGGAAGUGAAAGUGACGGCUUGCUUGGUGUGGAAGGACUGGCCUCACCGAAUUCAUCCCCACAGCCUGGUCGGCAAAGACUGCAGCAACGGGCUCUGUGAGGUGAUACUGAAGCCCCGGGUGAACCCCAAGCACAGCUUUAACAACCUUGGGAUCCAGUGUGUGAAGAAAAAGGACAUAGAAGACUCCAUAGAGAAAAAACUGCAGCUUGGAAUUGAUCCUUUUAAAGCUGGCUCAUUAAAAAACCACCAGGAGGUGGACAUGAACGUGGUCAGGAUCUGCUUUCAGGCCUCCUACCAGAACCGCACAGGGGAGACGCAGCAUCUCAGCCCCAUCCUCUCGGAGCCCAUCUAUGACAAGAAGUCCACAAACACGUCGGAGCUGAAAAUCUACCGGAUGAAUAAGGAGUAUGGGAGCUGCGCAGGGGGAGAGGAGCUCUACUUGCUGUGUGACAAAGUCCAGAAAGAAGAUAUCUCCAUCAUCUUUCGGAAGGACACCUGGGAAGGCAAGGCAGACUUCUCCCAAGCGGACGUCCACCGCCAGAUUGCCAUUGUGUUCAAGACGCCGCCGUACCAGCACCUCGACAUCCCACAGCCGGUGGAGGUGGAGGUGUAUCUGCGGCGUUUGACGGACAGUGUCUCCAGCGACCCUUUCAACUUCACCUACUUGCCCAAGGACAAUGAUACAUACCGGGUGAACAAAAAGAGGAAGCAAGGCAUGCCUGAUGUCCUGGAGGAGCUGUCUGGCCCAGACCCUCAUGGGAUUGAAGCCAAGAGGAAGAGGAAGAAGCCAGGCUACAUGGACCAAUUCAACUUGAUGCCAUCAGCAGCUGGCUCCUUGACUCAUCCCGAAGAGAUGACUUUCCUGGCUCACCUGGAGCGCAUCACGGUGCCAGAACCCUUUGAGGACUACAGCCUUCUUCAGGACUUGUCUUCCUACAGCGGCCCCAGCUUGAGCGAUGUCCUGCUGCCGUCCUGCAUGGACUUUCCAGAUGCGGCCGAGCAUGGGUUCCUGCUGGACAAUUACUCCCUCCGCUCUGGUGCGUCGGCUUCCUUCUCGCUCUCUGCAGAUUGUGACCCGGAGGGCACAGCCAGCCUGGUGGGAAGCAGCAUGUUCCCUAGCCAGUUCAAGGAGGUGGAAGUCCGGGUGGAAAUGGAAGCCAAGCUGCAGGCUGCGGAGGCCUCCAAAACCUUGUGAAGCAUGGUGCCUCCACCGCGGCCUCAUGGUGCGAGGCGUUGCUCUCCAUUUUGACAGAAGCUUGUCUGUGGCAGCACACACACCUGGGCAAGAGUGAUCAGGGAGGUGCUCGCUGCUGCCCUCCUGAAGGGAAAGCGGACUUUGAUCUGGAUCCUUGGGCGACUGCCCUCUGGGAAACAGACAAGACAUGAACGGACGGAAAGGCUGCACACUCCGCUGAAGGGCGGGUGAUGCACUGCCUCAGGAUGGGUGAGGGGCACUCAGUUCCUAGUUCCUCUUUCCUUGGUUUCCCCCCAUCUGUGAAAUCAGGUCAGCGGGCAACCCGGCUUGUUUUUUUUUAUAAAGGCUUGCUUUGGGGUGUGUGGGCAAAAAUGUAGGACAUAUGAAUGUACUCCUUGGGAGAAAGGAAGGGUUCUUUCCCUUUCCACACGUGAAGAUCUCGGCACUGCUGAUGCUGGAUGCUUUGUAUUUCACUCGCACAGCAGGCACCCUGCAUCCUAACUGAGGCAUGCAACAGUAUAUUCCAUCCUAUUUCAUUUCCAAUGAAUAUAUGAAGUCAUAUGAAGCUGCCCUACACAGACUCAGACCAUGGGUCAAGCAGAGUACUGGCUGCUUUGUCCAGCAGUUUACACUCGUGAUCUUGUUCUUCUGAACCUGCUGGCUGGUACCUUUUGAUCCGGAGAGCCAAGGUCUGAACUGCAGCACGCAAAGAACGCUCUUGUCUUCUAGCACCAAGUGGCGAUCUUGUCAUCAGACCUGUGUGUGAAGAAGGGUCCUCUCAGCUCUGAAAGUUUAGGCCCGUUUAAAUACUUUGUAUUACCUGGGGGCAACAUAACCCAGAGGGCCUGGGGUGGUGGGUUAUGCAUACCCUCCCUGUGGGUGAGCUUUUGCAAAUUUGGGGUAUAUCACUCCCUGCCUCUGCUCCUGCAAGUACUUUGUGAGAGUCUCCUUUCUGAACAUAUCCCUCUGUUGCUGUACCUGUCUGGGGCAGAAGCAGAGGUCAAUUCCCAAAGGAAACUGCUGCUUGAAGGUUCAAAGGUUGUGGCACUUGGAGAAGUCUUUUGCACUAUCUCACAAAAAGCACUUCAAUUCUUCCCUAAGAAGAAAUUUCAGGGCUUGGAGUGAAAGAGGGGGAAAAAAAAAAAGAAAUUUCAAAAGCUCAUGGCCAGAUCACCUUAUGCACCUGGAAGUUUUUCACACAGAAACUUUGCUUAGUCUUUUGUUUAUAAAAUCAAAAAAACCCCACACAUGGCUUUUAGUUCGCAUCUCCUCCAGAAUGGAGGUGUGUAUUUAUAUAGAUGCCAAAUUUACCCCAAAGUCCCUGCAACCUAUCAGGGAGCUCUCACACACCAUUCAGAUUUUUAAUGGCACAUUAGAGUGUAGCUCAACUUCUGUCUGGGGUAAAAUAAACCAUUUUUUGGUAUCGGUUUUGUGGGGCAAACUUUGAACUUGCAGUAAAGCCACAGGAAGGCCUGCUGUCUGGGAAAGCUCCAGCAAACAAUUUGUCUUGGAGUGAGGCCAACACAGGAUGGACCUUGUUUGCCCCUGUAACAAAAGACACCCCCAUCAUGCCUUCUCUGGGCUUUUGCCAUUCACGUCUGUCCACUGCGACUGGCUUACUUUUAGCCCCAUAAUCUGUUCAGUGGUGGGACUUGGUCCUGGAAAAGUAUGAAAUGUUAAUAAAGAAAGUGGUGCAUCUUGAGUUUGUAGAGGGUUCAUUUCCAGAGUGGCAUAGUGGUUAGAGCAUCAGGCUAGGAGUGGGGAGACCCAGGUUCCACCCUCCAUUCAACCAUCCUGUCACUUGCCACCUGAACCUUCAGCUGGAGAUUGAACCGGGGACCUUCUGGGUGCAAAGAUUGUGCUCUGCUACUGAGAGAUGGUUGCUGGGAACCUGCCAGUUGCCUGAGUAUCUCUGGACAAGAUAGUUCACUCCACUGAGCUUUAGCUGUCCACCCCCAAAUAUGAAAAGAAUGACAUUUGCUUAUGUUACCAAUGUUGUAAAUGUAUAAUGCAGAACAUGUGGACUACUUUGUCCUUAAAAUAUUUUGUAACCCUG